AUGGCUCCAGCCCCGUCUUCCACGCAGCAGAAAGGCUUGGUGGCUGAAUUCAUAGGUGUCACGGCGGCGGACAAGACCACUGCCGGCAAGGUAUUGAAACAGCAUAAUUGGAACUUGAGUGCCGCGAUCAAUGCCUUCUUCAACCAGCCCGUUGCGAGCAACACCAGCUCAAAUCGCGCCGCCGUGACCAAGAUCUUUGACAAAUAUCGUGACAAUCCCAAGGAGGCGCCAGAUGAAAUCAACCUCGAGGGUACCGGUACUCUCCUCGGCGACCUCAAGAUCGAUAUCACCGACGUCGGCGCCCUCGUACUCUUCGAACUCGUUCAAUCGCCUUCCCUCGGCGUCAUCACUCGACAAGGCUGCGUCGAUGGCCUGGCCGCUGCCAACGCCGAUUCUCUCCCCAAAAUCAGCGCCAUAGUAGAACAGCGUCGAUCGCAACUCCCCUCCGGCGGCGAUGCGUUCCGCGCCGUCUACAACCACACCUUCGCCCUCGGCUUACAGGAGCGGCAGAAGAGCCUGGCGAUGGAGAUGGCGUUGGAGUUCUGGAAGCUCCUCUUCUCCACCCCGGCGUUCGACUGGCGGACGGACUCGACGCCGUGGCGAGAGUGGUGGCUGGAAUUCUACGAGGCGAAGAUCAAAAAGGCCGUGAAUAAGGAUCUCUGGAAACAAACGCUGGUCUUCGCCCUCGAGACGGUCAAGGACGACUCCAUGAGCUUUUGGAGCGAGGAGAGCAGCUGGCCGAGCGUCAUCGACGAAUUCGUCGCGUGGGUCAAGGAGAAGCGCGGGAAGAGCGCGGAGGCGAUGGAUACGAAUUAG